AUGCCCCCACGCCGUUCUGCCCGUGUUGCGUCCCACGACGAGCCCUCGUCAAAAAAACCAAAAUACGAAGAACCAGACUCGGACUCGGACUUUGAGGCCGAAGAAGAAACCGAGUUGGAAGUGGGAGACCAACUCCCCGACAUCAAACUCAAGGACGACCACGAAAACGACGUCGACGUGGCAGACGUUGUGAAAAACAACAAGUACGUGGUCAUUUUCGCCUACCCCAAGGCGCUGACCCCAGGAUGCACCAGACAGGCCUGUGGCUUUCUGGAGCUGUACCAGAGCUUUGUGGACAACAACACCAAGGUGUACGGCUUGUCGACGGAUAGCCCCAAGGCGCAGCUGAGCUUUGUGAGCAAGCAGGGGUUGCGUUUUCCGUUGUUGUCGGACCCGGAGAGACAGUUGAUUGGUCUUUUGGGUGCAAAAAAGACCCCCAGUGGCACCAAGAGAUCCCACUGGAUUUUCGUUGACGGCAAGCUUGCCGUGAAGAAGGUGCAGAUUCUGCCUGAGGACUCGUUUACCACUGCCUUGAGCGACAUUGAGGGUUUCGUGGCCCAGAACGGACUGGAGCCCAAGGAGGAGUCUACAGAGGAGCCUAAAGAGGAGCCAAAGGAAGAGGCUCAGGAGGAACCAAAGGCUCAGGAGGAACCAACGGCUCAGGAGGUACCAAAGGCUCAGGAGGAACCAAAGGCUCAGGAGGUACCAAAGGCUCAGGAGGUACCAAAGGCUCAGGAGGUACCAACGGCUCCGGCUCCAGAAGCCGAAAACGGCGCCGACGUGGCCGCCGAACCAAAAGUAGAGGCCUAG